ACGGAUGAAUUCAGCUACACAGAAAAAACACCACAGCCAUUAAACAGUUUGUUAAUAAAAGCCCAACAAGCUUCGUUCCACUCUUUAUUAGUACUAUAACUACUAUCCCUCUUUUCAUAAACAAAGAAGACGAAAAAAAGCUUCAGAACUUUUCGGGAACAGAAACAAAAAGAAAAAGACCAGUACCAAUAGAAAGAGAGAGAAGAGAAUCCGAUUCACACAACACAACACAACACAACAGAGUGUAGCAGCAGACUCUGGUUGUGGGGAAUAGCGUUUGUUUGCAGAACACAACGCUCCUCUCUCUUUCUCCCGUUAACCUCCCACUCACUCACUUUCAUACAUCAUUUCUCAUCUCCCAUUUUCUUCUUCUUCUUCUUCUUCUUCUUCUUCUUUGUUAUGGCAGCAACAACAACGGCUAUAUUUCUCACCAUCAUUGCCCUAGUUGCAUACUUCACAACCACCAUAACCUUCGCACAGAGCAACAACACUUCCCAGUCAGAGAUUGAAGCUCUAACCACCUUCAAGCUCAGCCUCCACGACCCUCUUGGCUCCUUAGACGGAUGGGACCCAUCAACCAAACUCGCUCCCUGCGACUGGCGUGGCGUACUCUGUUUCAACAACCGAGUCCACGAGCUCCGCUUGCCUCGCCUCCAACUCACCGGCCAACUCUCCCUCUCCAACCUCCCGCACCUCCGUAAGCUCAGCCUCCACUCCAACAACUUCAACUCCACCAUCCCCUCCUCCCUCUCCCGCUGCCUCUUCCUCCGUGCACUCUACCUCCACAACAACAAAUUCUCCGGCACCGUUCCACCCUCUCUUCUCAACCUCACCAACCUCCAGAUUCUCAACCUCGCCCACAAUCUCCUCUCCGGCACCGUCCCCUCCCACCUCUCCGCCUCCCUCCGGUUCCUUGACCUCUCAUCAAACUCAUUCUCCGGCGACAUUCCGGCGAACUUCUCCUCCAAAUCCCAGCUCCAGCUCAUCAAUCUCUCUUACAACACCUUCACCGGUGAAAUCCCUGUCACCAUCGGAGCAUUACAACGCCUGGAGUAUCUCUGGCUUGACUCCAACCACCUACACGGAACGUUACCCUCUGCUCUCGCCAACUGCACCUCUCUGGUGCACCUGAGCGCAGUGGAUAAUUCCAUCGGCGGGUUGGUCCCUUCCACCAUUGGGACCAUGCCGCAGCUUCAAGUGCUGUCACUUUCCAUGAAUCAGCUUUCAGGUUCGGUCCCCACGUCCCUGCUCUGUUCUGCAGGCAACAACAACAACUCAAGUCCCUCUCUGCGAAUCGUUCAGCUCGGUUUUAACAAGCUCACAGGAAUUUCAACACCGCCAGGUGGGAAUUGUGUAACCCUUUUGGAGUUCUUGGACCUCAAACAGAACCACAUUGCUAGUCCCCUGUUUUCCUUCACCAAUGCAACGUCGUUGAGAGCUCUUGAUCUUUCUGGAAACUCCUUUUCAGGGGCUUUACCUGCAGAUAUCGGAAGCCUCUUCAGGUUAGAAGAGUUGAGGCUUUCGGGUAAUUCAUUAUCUGGUGAAGUUCCCAGUAGCAUUGUGAAUUGCAGGUUGUUGAAGGUUCUUGAUCUUCAGGGGAACCGGUUUUCUGGUCCAGUUCCUUCAUUUCUCGGAGAAUUGAAGAACCUGAAAGAGUUAUCUCUUGGUGGAAACUCUUUCACCGGUUCAAUACCUUCAAGUUUUGGAACACUCUCGGAGCUUGAAACUCUGGAUUUGAGUGAGAAUAAGCUAACUGGGACUUUGCCAGUGGAGAUCAUGCAGUUACACAACAUGAGUGAUUUGAAUCUCAGUAACAACAGAUUCUCAUCAGGCCAAGUGAUUUCCUCUGAUAUUGGGAACUUGAAGGGUUUGCAGGGUCUUAAUUUGAGUCAAUGUGGAUUUUCAGGGAAGGUUCCAGCUACUUUGGGCAAUUUGAUGAGACUAACAGUGUUGGAUUUGAGCAAGCAAAACCUUUCAGGUGAGUUACCUGUUGAGCUUUAUGGAUUACCAAGCUUGCAAAUUGUGGCACUUGAGGAAAACCAUUUCAGUGGUUCAGUUCCUGAAGGUUUCAGCAGCUUAGUUAGUCUUCAGUAUCUGAAUCUCAGUUCAAAUGCCUUUGUUGGAAGCAUUCCAGCAACAUAUGGGUUUCUGAGUUCCUUAACUGUUCUCUCUUUGUCACACAAUAGCAUUUCUGGUUCAAUCCCUCCAGAGAUUGGUGGUUGUUCACAGCUUGAAGUUCUUCAGCUGAACUCAAAUCACUUGGAAGCUAACAUUCCUGUUGAAAUCUCUCAGCUUUCCAAAUUGAAAGAGCUUAACUUGGGACACAAUAGGUUAAAUGGUGAAAUCCCAGAUGAAAUCUCAAAAUGUUCAGCUUUGAGUACACUCAUUUUGGAUGCUAAUCACUUCACAGGCCACAUACCAGAAUCCUUGUCAAAGUUAUCAAACUUGACAGUGCUAAGCCUCUCUUCAAAUUCACUCACAGGAGAAAUUCCGGGUGGCUUUUCAUUCAAUUUUGGUUUGAAGCAUUUGAAUUUCUCCAACAAUAAUCUAGAAGGUGAAAUUCCAGAAAUGCUUGGUUCUAGAAUCAACGACCCUUUACUGUUUGCAAUGAACCAGAGGCUAUGCGGAAAGCCUCUACAUAAAGAAUGUGCAAACGUGAGAAGGAGAAAGAGGAGAAGGAUAAUAAUCUUCACCGCCGUGGCGGUGGCCGGUUUACUCCUCUUAGCACUAUGUUGCUGUGGCUACAUUUACAGCCUCAUACGGUGGCGAAACAAGCUCCGGCGAGGCGUGACCGGCGAGAAGAAAAGAAGUCCUUCAGGGACAAGCUCAGGAGCUAGAGGAAGCAGCGAAAACGGAGGACCAAAGCUUGUAAUGUUCAACAAUAAAAUCACAUACGCAGAAACAUUGGAAGCAACAAGAAACUUCGAUGAGGAGAAUGUGCUAAGCAGAGGAAAACAUGGCCUGGUUUUCAAAGCAACCUUCAACGACGGCAUUGUUCUCUCCAUUCGCCGCCUCCCUGAUAAUUCCCUCAUGGAAGAACCCACUUUCCGCAGAGAAGCAGAGUCACUAGGAAAAGUGAAGCACCGAAACUUAACAGUUCUUCGUGGUUACUAUGCAGGACCACCCUCUGAUAUGCGUCUUCUGGUGUAUGACUACAUGCCGAAUGGAAACCUCGGAACGCUUCUGCAGGAAGCUUCACAGCAAGAUGGCCAUGUCCUGAACUGGCCAAUGCGGCAUCUCAUUGCGCUAGGAAUCGCACGAGGGCUUUCGUUUCUGCACUCUGUUCCGAUCGUUCAUGGCGACGUGAAGCCUCAGAAUGUUCUCUUCGACGCAGAUUUCGAAGCCCAUUUGUCUGAGUUCGGGUUAGACCGGGUGACUUCGCCGGCGGUGAACACGGCGGAGGAGUCGUCUUCGACGACUCCGGUUGGAUCAUUAGGCUACGCGGCGCCGGAAGCUGCGUUAACAGGGCAGGCGACGAAGGAGGGUGACGUGUACAGCUUCGGGAUCGUGUUGUUGGAGAUUCUGACGGGGAGGAAGGCGGUGAUGUUUACGCAUGAUGAGGACAUUGUGAAGUGGGUGAAGAAGCAGUUGCAGAGAGGGCAGAUAUCGGAGCUGUUGGAACCGGGGUUGCUUGAGCUGGAUCCAGAGUCGUCGGAGUGGGAGGAGUUUUUGCUGGGGAUUAAGGUGGCGCUGCUGUGUACGGCGCCGGAUCCGCUUGAUCGGCCGUCGAUAAAUGAUGUUGUGUUCAUGCUUGAAGGUUGUAGGGUCGGACCGGAGAUUCCUUCCUCCGCUGAUCCCACCACGCUGCCUUCCCCUGCUUGAUUUUUUUGUUUUUUCUAUUUUUGGUUUUUUAUUUUUUGAAAUGGAAAUAUUCAUGGGAAUUUAUUUUGCUCUUUUCAUGUUGAUUUGGUUGUUGGCUUUAUUUUGUACAAAUGCUUUGUAUUGUAGUCAUUUCUAUGGAAUUAAAUUAACAAUCUCAUUUGUAGCAUGGGACAACAAAAAGAUCACAUCACAUACACAAUUACACAUCAUUGGAAAAUGUUAUCUUCACAUAUUAAGG